UCUCCCUCUGACUGAACACAGUGAUGCUGGACUGAUGAUGUGACCUACCACCAAACGUUCCUCGCAGAAGCAUCUUUUGCUUAGCAGCACGGUGGAAACUGACACUUCUGCUUCGGCGUUUGUUUUGCACAGAUUUCUCGACCGGCAUAUUGUUUUACACUUUUCUGUUGAUUGAUAUUAUUAUUUUUGGUCCGUUUUUUUUUUUGUGUGGUCAACGAAACACAGACGCCUGUAAAGGAUUAAUUUGCCAACAUGCACUGAAGUGCGGACGGAGUUGACAUUUAACACAGAGCUGCAAGGCUUAAUCUACCUGUGUUUUCGCAAGUGGCAAGAGUACGGAAGAAGGGAGGUAGUGUUGUCAAAUCCAGCUGUUUUAUUAAGGAGCGGUCACAUCAGUUAACACUGCCCUUAAAAAAGGGGAAACAGUCAAAAGGAAUUUAUGAUCUUGCUUGGGAAUCCUAAGGCAUUUCAAUUCUAGUUUCAAUCCCCCCAUUUCUGGGAACUUUUGAAGUGGGAUAAGUGCUGGUAUCAUAUCUGUAAACAUCAAUGAUGUAGACGGAGAAAGCUUGAUUUAAAACAUAUUCCUUGCGUACUCUAAAUCAUCUCAAACGGUUUUUAAUCAACAGAGAACUUUGUUUUGAUUUGCAUACCCGUUAUUGAGGAAGACUUUGAACAGCAUAGCUGCUCCCUGUAUUAACAAUUGGUGCGCUGUGUUCCAACUUCCAAGUAAUGCAAGUGACAGGACCAGUCAAAGCUGGGCGUAUGUUGUGUCAAGCUAUCCCAUGCCACCAAUAACGAGGAUUGAAAGCCAAGUAUGUUGCACAAACAAUUGCUGGAAACGUCUGAAACACAUUUUGUCGCCAAAAUCGGAAGACUGGAUUAAGUUCUGGACAUCUACCGAAUUGUAUGUGUUCACUUCUCUAGUCACGCAGGUAGAAGAGCGAAGGAGGAAUGCUGGUCCGAGAUCUCCUGCUGCUCAGUUUAAGUUCUUGGCCUUUCUUUCUGGGCCAUGUCUUUCUAACAUCAUUUUUACUGUUAUUUCAGUUUACUCAGGGUGAACUCCAGAAAUCAUGCCAGAGGACCAUAGCUGAGAAGGUCACCGAGAGCUGCCAGCAGAUCUGCCAAUGUAGACCCUACCCUCCUCUACCUCCUCCCCCACCACCGCCUCCUCCCCCCAGGCUGUUGGCUUUAGCAACAGCAGAAUCAACUGUCCCCCUGUUAAAGCCCUGGUGGAAGGAGAUAGUUGUAGUUGGGACAGUGGGAUGUGCCACACUAGUCUUUCUCCUGGUCAUGGUCAUCAUCUGCUACAAGGCAAUAAAAAGGAAACCACUGCGAAAGGAAGAGAAUGGAACAAGCCGAGGUGAAUAUGCAAUGGCCUCCCGAAACAAGAAAAGGGUGGAUGCUAACAAUGCGGUCGUAUAGGAUCCAAGAUGAAGAGGAAGGACACACAGACCCUAAACCCCCCUCCCCUCCAAAACACAGCUCCUCCCAACAGAUGACAGGGGAGCUGAACUUUGAAUGCACGCUCAAACCGUGCUUGCGUGCCAUGGCUUCACUGGGAAAUGGAAGAAAGAGACCUAGAGUGAGAGCAACCUUUGGGACUUAGGACCUCCUUUUCAAAUAGCGCACACAUAUAAGAUAUUCAGAGCAGGGAGGCAGCCUUGCUCUGAAGUCUUGAUGUUUGUCAGAAGCAAGGAUGAACCUGUCAAUCACGGUAACUCGGAUAAAUAAAAAACUUUGCAUAGACAUUUGAAAAAAAAAAAUGUAAAUAAAAAACUGCAUGCAGUCUUUGUUGAAUGCAACAACUUUUUAGAUUCCUCUGCCUUUUAUUGUUUUUUUUCUUUUGAUGCUGCAUCAGGGCAGUGUUAUUUGGCAUGAAUUACAAGAGAAGGGGCAGCCCAUUUGAGUCUAAAUGCAAGGCACUGUCUGCAUGGUCUGACCAGUGAUCUCUUGUCAGACCUGGUCAUUAACCCCCAGCUCCAAAAUAAUAAACCAACAACGUGAAUGAAGAGGGAUAGAUGGUUGGUGCCAAUUUUGUGAACCAAAAAAACUGCAUGCUUUAAAAACUGGGAACAGACUUUUACCAGUCCCCUGACUAUGCAAUUCGAAAUAGCUAUGGUUUGCUUUUUUUGGUCACCAGUAUCGUUUUUAGAAGUUAAUCAGAUUUUAAAAAAAGGUGCUGUUUUUAAACUCCACAGUUUAUUUCAUUUGCUUCGUUAUAUUUUUCCCCUGACAGAAGACUGUUGAUAUGUUCAAUGUAUUUUACAACGUACAGGUAAAUUAAAUACCCACCUACUCUAGGUUCCAACUGAAUUUUCACGGUUGUGAACCUUUUUUUUUUUUUUUAAUGGCUUCCGUUUGUUUUAUAUUUAUUUUAUUUCUUUGCUCCGCCGUCAUCAGCUUCCUGGAAUACAUGGACUGUAGUCAUAUUCAGAGGCCUGCCUCUCUGAAAAGCUUGCUGCCUUGUCUGUCUCUCUGAACAUGAAAUGCAUGGCCAUCAUCACCCCCUCUGCUCUGGCUUUGCCUCAAGGGAAGGAUAUUUUAUUGGCUAAUGUUGGUGUCAGUUCAUUAAAUAUAUAACCUACGAAAAUAUUUGUUAAACACUAAUAACAUAGCAACAUUUAUGACAUUACCACAGUCAACCUGCUAAACUGUUCUUGUGAGUUCUGUCAGAGUUUGUGAAGUGUGGGCGCCUAAUAAACAGAACGUACUGUAAUUCAGUUAAGGAAACCAUCAAUUUGAUUUUCAUUUCCUCCCAUGUUACUGAGCGUCUCAGAAUAUAUAGAAAAGCUCUAAAAAUAAACUCAUCCUAAAAAGCUGUUUGUCCCUAAUUUGUACACGUGCAUUUACUUUUCAAAAUGAGAGAAAAAAAAAACCAUUUGAAAGUUACAAGACUAGAAAUAAGCACACCGGUUAUUGAAGCAGAGUUGGGUUGUUUAUUUUUUGUUUUACAGUAUAACUGGAAAGGGUAAGGGCUUUUUUCACAUAAAAAAACAAACAAACAAAAACCCUUUUAGAAAAACACUUUGGAUAAAAUAGCAGAACGAAAUUCACCUUUAAUGUCUUUAAUUCACUCAGCCACUCGCUCAGUUCCAGAAUGUAAAAGUCAUUUCUGUGUGAUUUUACAAAGAGUCUUCUAUAAGUCACACUGGUACUGUACCUGGUGUACUCCAUAGCAGUGUAGGGUUACCUGGUAGGGAUCUCAGACCUUUUCAAGCAGGUUCAUGUAACUGUUUAAUGUGUCAACAUGUACCUUGUACUUUUUGUGACACUGGUAACUAGGCUAACUAUUUUCAAGACACUGACAAACAGUAGUGACUGUGUUGGAGCCAGUGCAUUUCCCAGCAGGUCCUUCUCCUUUGAGGGGUGCAAACUCCAGGGGGUAUGAGAGAAAAUUGACCAUAAAUAGUAAAUCAUUUUUUUUUUAAAUGAAAGAAAAGCUUAGAGAAGACAGGAGGCUGUGGAAUAUGAAGUAGGAAAUACUCUGUCAAGUACUUAAUGUGAUUACCGGCUUAUCCUUUUCUUUCCAAAUGAAAUCUCCCCUCUCGACAAAGAAGAAUAACCCUUGGGAUCCCACUGAAGAGGUCUGUGCUGUAAAAGCAUCACUUUGCAUGAGAACAGUGGGGCUGACAAAAGCUGGACGAAGGCUUUCUCUGCUGAGGAUGCUCGUGGUUCAGAACAAAGUCUUUUGAUUUGAGUUUUUUUUUAAAAAGGGUCACUAAAUGGAGGGUUUGUAUAGAAUGGAAUAUUUCACCUGUUUUGUAUUUCCAAAAGUGGGCUGUUCUUGAGGUCUGGCAUGGUGGCUGAAUUCAGCAAAGGAAAGUGUCUUGGUGCAUCGACCUUUUCUACCAUUCUUUUGAAAGCAUACAUUCCUCUUUAUGUAAUGGAAAUGGCCCCACGCAAGUGGUCUUUUUUCAUUCUUUUUGUUACUAAUUUAUGUUCAUCUCAUCUUUAUCACAUUUAAAUGAACUAAAAUCAAUGAUGCCAAAACAGUAAGUAUCUAUACUUGCAUGCAGUGAACCCCCUACUCUGGACCUGUGCAUAAAUGUACUUAGCAGCUUUUAGUAGCACUAAAGAUUUUAUGAUUAAGAGCUUGACGUUACGAUUGGCCUCUGUGGAGCAAAGUGCUGAUCUCAAGAAUGGACUCAUUUUGAACACUUCAGGUGUGCUCUAGGUCUCAACAUAAAUAUAUUCCAAUAACUCACCUUUAAGUCCGAACAUGUCUAAGUCCCCUGAAUAAACAAGUGCUGGAUGAGUUCAAUGUUGCUAAAUCUUUCUUAGUGUCUUACAAAAAAAACAGUAAGGUGUUCUUUCUUCAUAGCGCUGAGCAGAGUUUAGCUUUUUGAAAUCAAUAACAGAAUUAUAAAUCUAAAAAAAAAAAUCAUAAUUGUGUGUAUAAUUGUAUUUUUGUGUUCGCCUUUGGUCAAAACAGUAGGAGUGGGACUCCUGAGUGGCGCAUCCUGCACUCCGCUUGGAGAUCAGCAGUUUGAAUCCAGGCUAUGCCACUGCUGACCGUGACCAGGAGUUCCCAGGGGGCAGCGCACAAUUAUCCAAGCAGUGCCCGGGCAGGGAGGGUUAGGUCGGCUGGAGAAUACUUGGCUCACUGCGCACCAGUGACCCCUGUGGCUAGCCGGGUGCCUGCAGGCCUGCCUGUGUGCAAUUCAGAACUGCGUGGUCCUCCAAUGCUGUAGUUCUGUAAUGGCUUCAUGGCUUUCAGUGCAAUAAAAAGCGGAUGGCUGACGGCACACGUUAGUGCGGGGGUUGCAGAGGUGAGCCGGGUUGAAUAAUUGGGCAUUCCAAGUUGGGAGAAAAUCAGGGGUAAAAUAAUUGAUGAUUCCAAAUUAAAAAAAACCAUGGCAGGAGUAAAUGGACCCUCGCCAAGUUAUUUAAAGAACGUUUUUUUAUGAAUAGAAUAACGUUUGGUACACAUGAAACUGUUCUACACUGCUGUUGGAUUCUUUAACAACACGCUAGAAGAGUUCCACGUUUCAUCAUUUAUUGGUACAAAAAAAACAGGCUGUCUUGUGUGUGUGUGUGUAAGGUAACCAUCUUCUCCUGUUUUUAUAUUUUGAAGGCCACUGUUCUUUCCAUCAAAUGUUUACCUCAAUCGCUGAAAGUUUAGACUUACCUCUUUCAGUCUGUUGUGAAGUUUUUUUCCUCCUCCUUUUUGCUUCCUUUGCGGCUGUAGCUCCCUUUUGGGGGUGAAUGAAUUCCAUCACCCAGCCUGGGCUGACUUCUAACAACCUCAUAAAGAGGGCGGCACAUUUCUGACCAAAAGGCAAAUUCCUUUAUUCCAAUUUAAUCAUGCAGUCGCCUAGCUUAUUGAACUAUAUUGUGGUCUACAUAUUACCACCUUCUGUGUUUAUACUGCUGAGCUUAAUAUAGCGAGAUCUUAAUACUGCGCCCCGAUUGAAAGUAACUGACUGGUGAGCAGAUCUUUAUGUGGAGCAGGUCACAUAGAUAGAAGUUCACAAUUUUUCCUAUUUUUGAAUACUGCUGUACCAGGAAGAAGACUACAAACAUUGUAAAGCUAGUUUUGGUUGCUGUCUAAAGUCCUAACAUAGGAUGUAUUAUAUUCAGUGGAUUUUUAAAAUACAGACUAAAGCAAAAAUUCUGUUUCAGUGUUAUUAUUUUAAUUUAACCCUUAUUAUUAUUAACCCUAAUAUUGUACUAUCAAGGAAGGAGAUGCAUGAAAAGAAGCGGCACGUAUGUUUUGUCAGCCCCGGUGUCUGUGCUAACCACCCUACACCUUAUCAUUAAUCAUUACAACUGUGUAUAUAGCACUAAAGCAUUAAAGAAGACCUAUUAACCAGUUUUCCUGCUACAAAAUAAAUUGUAUUGAGUUUGCAAGAACAGACCAUGCAUUGUGACAUAUAACUGCAUAUACCUACAAUAUACCCAGCAUCUGUGCAUACCAGUGUAUUAUAUCAUGUACAAAUAAAGUGUGAAAAAUAAUGCAUGAAUGUAAAUAUGAUUAAGAUUUAAAAAUCUGCCUUCUUGACUGUGUAUCACAUGUACAAAGUAAAACAAAUAUGUUUAUAGGAAAAUAAAUAAAAUACAUUUAACAACUCAAGUUGUUGAUAUGCUACCAAUCAGAAUUAAAUACAUGUUGUCAUGUUUAUGGAACAAGCCAUUAAUGUAUAUUUGGUAAUUAAAGGUUGUUGCACAAUAUAUGCAUUGCAUAUCAACAUGUUAAACAUAUACAUUGUGCAUUUAACUGUUUAAAUUGUGCCGUGCUGACUUUUUUAGUUUUAAAUAAAAUUGUACUA